AUGCGAUGGUUCUUUCCGAUUCAAUUUGGAACACCAUCUCAAACAUUGAAUAUAUCAAUUGACACUAAAUCUAACUUAUUCUGGGUCGUCAGCGAACUUUGCAUGAUUCCAAAUGGAAAUGCUUGCAAUAAUAGAACAACAAACUUUUUCAAUACAUCUCUUUCAAAUACUAGUUCGAUUAAAAACCAAGAAUUCACAACUGAAUAUAUCAACAGAAGUAAAUUUGAAGGAGUAUUGGCUAAUGACACGAUUAUAAUUAAUAAUCAAUCAUUCGAACAAAUAACAUUUGGAUUACCUAAGAAUAUAAAAAUUGGAAACAACACCAUUCCGGAUACAAUUACUGGACAAAUAGGUCUUAUGCCUUACCAAAGUUACAUACUAGAUAAUUUUGCUGAUAAAAUCGUAGGAAUUGCUCUUUCUAUGAAUUCCAAUGAUAAGGCAGAUAUUGGUUACGGCGGGUCAAUUAUAAUUGGAGGAAUAAAUACAGCGUAUAUUAAAGGUAAUGACGAAAAUAAUAUAGUAUAUCAUCCCCUUCCUCAGUUCACGAAAGCAAUGGUUAACGUUACUAAUAUAUACAUAAAUAAUAAGCCAAUUAACUUAAGUGGGUCAAUUUGGUUUAGCAAUAAAUUCCAAAGCAUCCGGCUAGAUGAUAAUAGUGCUAACAUAAUUGCAAAUGGAUUGCCUGGAGGAAGUUAUUCUAAUGGUGCUGCAAUAGUAGAUUGUGAUGUUUCACCUGUCUUUGAUUUAUCCUUUGAAAUUGCAAAUCGAAAGUGGAGAUUACCAUCAAACGUAAUUCCUAAAGAUGCUAUAGAUGGAACAAACAAAUGUGAAUCUAUAAUUACUGGCAGUGCUAAUAAUGGUAUCGCCCCUCGAAAUAAUAUUGAUUAUGGCCCCGUUGAAAUAGGGGUUCAAUUUCCCAUUGGAAUAACUAGUGACCACAUUUGCUUGACGAUAACUGAUCAAGAAGGAACAUCUCAAGCAUUUUCUUUAGAUAGUAAUCUUGAUUCGGAUGGGUUUUACUAUCUAGGUCACGAUUAUCAUGCAUAUGAAGGCUCUGAAUACAAUAUUGAUUUUUAUUCAGGACCACCAAUUAACAAAUCUAGCUGUUCUGGUUAUCAUUUAAUCAAAACUCCUCCACUUAUGGGAAAUGUUGCGACUAAUCCAUGGAAAAUUAGUUUAGAUGAUUAUUCUGUCGGAAUGAAAGUUAAAGUUCCUAGUGGAACAAAAUGCAUGGAUUUAAUGGUUCAUUACAUAGAUCAAUCAAUUACUCAAACAGUAUCUUUUAAUAUAGAUGAACUUGAUGACGAAGGGUAUUACCAUAUAGAAAAUUUGGUGGCAUAUGAAGGUAGCUUGUAUGGUUUUUAUGCCACAGAUAAUUCCACUACUACUCCUAUACGUGGUCCUGGAGCUCCUGGGUGUACUGAGGUUAUAUUAGAUAUAAUAGAACAAAUAUCUGCAGAUUUUACAAAUAAUCCGUGGGCAAUAAAUUUUUGA